UCCAAGCCAUCAGCAGCCCCUGUGGCAGGAGCCCCACAGGCCAUUGAGUGACACUUGGCCACCAGGGGUUUUUCCGAGGUUUCUCUCCCGCAGGUGCCCUCAAGACCAGACUGUGCCAUGGCGGGGGGAUGCUUCGGCCUGUGCCGGCUGCUCCAGAGGAAGAGGAAGAACAGGAGAGGCCCUGGAGCUGGCCCAGCACAGGAAGUAGAGGAGGAGGUGCAGCACUUCCAGCCACUGCAGCAGGAUCCAGGCCGGGACCGCCCAGAAGAGCAGGACCGCGCCCGUGGCCGCUUGCGCAGGGCAGUUCAGAGGUUGCUGAAAUUCGUGGGUGUUCGGCGCAGAACAGCCACGACCGCACCGCCCGAGCUCACGGCACAGCCUGACACCAGCGCAGCCGAGCUCGAGGCGGAGGCUGAUGUCAGCACUGCACCGAGGGACUGUGCAGACAGCGGUGACAUGGAACCCAUGGAUUGUGCAGCCAGUGGUGACAUGGCACCCAUAGAUGGCACAGCAACCUCAGACAGAGCAGUGACCAGUGGCACAGAAACCACCUACAUGUCAGCAACCGAUUGCGCAGCCAGCUGUGACGUGGCACGGGUUGAUGGCACUGACACCUCUGACACGUCACAGGUUGAGGGCACAGAAACCUCUGACACAUCACCAGUUGAGGGCACAGCAACCUCGGAUGUGGCAGUGAUUGAUGGCACAGAGACCACCGACAUGGCAGCAACCAAUUGCGCAGCCAACUGUGACAUGGCACCUCUUGAUGGCACAGACACCUCUGAGACGGCACCGGUUAAUGGCAGAGCCACCUCUGACACAGCACAGAUUGAGGGCACAGAAACUUCUGACAUGGCACCGAUGGAUGGCACAGCCACCUGUGACACCGUGCUGGCCGACACCGAGACAAGUUCUGACAGGGCACCAACUGAUGUCGGGGCCAAGGCUGACGCCGCAACUGAGGGCAUCACAAACACUGACUGCAUGCCCAUGCACAGUGUGACUGAUGCUCCCAGUCUGGAUGUUUUGGAGCAGAAAACUGUCUCCAGUGCAAAUGAAGUGCCGGCCAGUGUCAGCCCCAUCCACCAGUGGCUCACAUGCCAGGAGUCUGCAGAGGUCAGGCCGCCCGUUGCCAUCCGCAGGCUGGCCCACGUACACCCUGGGCACGUGGUGAUGACUCUCCUGCACUGUGCCCCAGCGUGUGACAGAGCUGCUGCAAUCCUGUGGAGGACCAUCGCCUCCUCGGCCACCACAGCGUACAAGGUGCUGCCAAUGCUGCUCGGGGUGAUGGAGGACUGGCCACUGCAUAGCGUGUCCACCUCCGACGGAGACCACGUGGAUGUCUUUGCCCUGGCUGCAACCCUGGCCCUGUGGCUGAUGGUCCAGGAGCCCCAGUGCCAAGAUGCACUCUUGGUUCAUGCCCCUCGUCUCCUGGUGGCUCUGCUCUGCCAAGUUUCUAUGAGCACAGAGCAGAUGCCAGAGGAGGUCAGCACCUUCUGGAGGGGAUGCCAGGAGCAACAUGGCCUUCCCACCCACCCCAACAGCUUUGUGGUGCAGACCAUCCAGGCCCUGCUCUGGCGGCUACAGUGGGACCAGGAGCUGGUGUCAGUGGAGCGCAAGCGUGGUUGGGACGCGCUCCUCUCUGCUGACACCCACCACUACGCGGUGGGGCUGCUGGCCAGGGAGAUGCGCCGCGUGUUGGUCCCCUCCUAUGGCCCGCUGGCAAGGCACCUGCUGGGGCUGCUCAGCAGGGAGGGGCCCCGCUGGGAGCUGCCUGCCCUGGCCUUCCUUGUCGAGGUCCUCGACUAUCUGGAUGUGAGCACCUGUCACGACAGUGUCCUGCAGAUCCUGGCAAGGCACCUGCAGAGCCAGUGCCCAGAGAGGCGGCGCCUGGCUCUGCGAGGGCUCCUGGUGCUGAGCGUGGAUCCCUCCAUGGCCAAAGGCAUCUGCAGCCUGUCUGAGCACCUCCUGGAGCUGCUGUGUGAUGGAGAUGGAGAGCUGGUCACGAUGACCCUCUCCCUGUUCCGGAAUGUGCUCCAGGAUGGAGAAAACAGUGACGGGUUCAGCUCCACUACCUCGAGGUUGGCUGAGGCGCUCCGGCCAGUCUUUGACAACGACAACAGCCAUGUGCAGCUGCUCUCCAUUCGCCUCUUCCGAGAGGUGAUGGACUUGCUGGCGGAAGAGGGAACAGAGCCCUGGGAGAUGCAGGUGCGCCAGAGCCUGGUCCCACUGUUCUUCCGCUGGCAUGACGAGAAUCAGUGCGUGGCACAGGCCGCUUGGGAAGCGCUGCUCUGGGCUACAAGCUUCCUCCAGAGGAAGGACCUGGAGCAGCUGCUGAAAACGGAGCAGCCCUUCAGGUUCUGUGAUUGCCUGAUGGAAAAGGACAUGAGCCAAAGGGGUGAGCACCUGCACCAGGCCCUGCCCUACCUGCAGAGCCCACAGGAGCCCCUGCGAGAGGCGGCCGUCAGGUUCAUGGGGGUGGCCGGUUGGCACAUGAGGGAGCAGCAGCAAGACCUGUGGCCCAUCCUCAAAGCCCUUACAGCCAUGAGCGACGACGACUGCCCCUCCGUCUCCAACAUGAGAGCUGCACUCAUGGCCACUUACAGCCGUGCCAUGAGAACUCCACCUGCUCCGCUGAGACGACCAAUGUCCCUGCAACAGCCCCGCAACAGCCCAGGGACCACUUCUCAGCGCAGCUGCAGCUCCAGCUGAUGCUGGGCCCAACUGAGCCAGCCCGCGAGGCCAGGCAGCUCCUGGCCUCUGCAGCCCCAGGGACGGCUCCCUUCUAUCUAUUCCCUUCUCCUCACCCCACUUCAUCCCUCCCCUACCCCUGAUGUUAAUAAAC